UUGUUGACGUAGGCAUUUGAAAUUCUUCUUCCUUCAUCAUCAUCUGGUGAUUGGGCUGCGACGAUGAUAACCUUAUAUCUCAUCUCUCUGCUUCUCGCCCCAAGAGCGCACGCAGUCCCGUCCUCGCCAGCAGAGAUUGUCCUCAAGGGGGACUGCUCUCGCGACGGGCUGCUGUACGACUGCGGCAGAAACGGGCUCGUCUGGACGGCGGGCGCGGUGCGCAUGAACCACAUGCAGGUCGUCGGGUCGCACAACAGCUACCACGUCGAGGCGCCCAAGGCGGAGCGCGACCUGCAGAGCGCGGCGGCGCCGGCGGCGAUUGACUUGCAGUAUUCGCAUGCCGCGCUGGACGUGCAGCUGGAGUAUCUGCAUUUGCGGAAUCUAGAGCUGGAUUUGCUGGCGGAUCCGGAUGGAGGCAUGUAUAGCGAGCCGCUGAUUCGGAGGUUUGCCGGGCUGGGCGUGCCAAACGAUCCUCUGCUCAAGAAGAAGGGGACAAAGGUGCUGCACAUCCCGGACGUGGACUACCACACUACGUGCUCGACGCUGGUGUCCUGCCUGCGCAUCAUCAAGACGUGGAUGGACGCCCACCCGGACAGCGUGCCCCUGCCCAUGAUGAUGGAGUUCAAGACGGCCGAGAGGCUGGGCGAGCGGCUGGGCGGCGCAAAGGUGGUCCCCUGGACGACGGAGCUGCUGGACAUUGUCGACGCGGAGAUCCGGCAGGUGUUCAACCGGUCGCAGCUGAUUACGCCCGACGACAUCCGGAGGGGGGGACUGACGCUGGAGGAGAGUGUAUUGAGGUACGGGUGGCCGGACCUGGAUAGCGCGAGGGGGAGGAUCUUCUUCUUGAUGGAUAAUGGGCCGGUGGGGGAUGUGCGGGAUGCGUAUGUUGCGGGGAGGGAGAAUUUGGAGGGGAGGGUGUUAUUUACGAACAGUCAGCCUGGGCAGAGCGAUUGCGCGUUUCAAAAGCUUAACGAUCCUUCUACGGACGCGGCGGUCGAAUUCAUCCAGGAGCAGGUCAAGGCGGGCUACUGGGUGCGCACGCGGGCGGACGAGCCGCUGGUCACAGUCGUCGAGCACAGCUGUGCGACGGAGAGGCGGGAUCGGGCGCUGCGGUCGGGGGCGCACAUUGUGUCGACGGACUUCGCGGCGUUUGGGAUGAGUGCGCGGUGGGGAUGCGAUUACGCGGUGAGGUUGCCCGGGGGGAAGGGGGCGAGGUGUAAUCCUGUUGUUGGGAGGUGUGAGGGCUUGUUGGAGCCGGAGGAGUAUACGGCGAACUGAGGCUGGAUGAGAGAGAGGUCUAUGCGGAAUCUGAGAUUGUAUGUUGUUUU